CCGGCGCUCCAGCGGCCCCCGGAACAACUCAAAGCGGACGAAGGAGUCCAUGUUGGGGAACUUGGCGUCGUGACGGGGACCUAGGGACCUGCAGUGGGGCCGCCGCCGCCGCCGGAGCAAGCGCCUCGACCUCGGCCUGAGAAUCAUUUGAUGGAAAACUGAUUGCAUAACUGCUUGACCUGAAGAAUUUUAAAGGAUACCCUUUUUCAAGGAGAAAUGAAGAAGAAAACUGUAUAUACCCUAAAUGUGGGAGAUCAGGAGUAUGAAGACAUGGAAGGUGAAGAAAACAAAGAUAAUACUGCUACCACUGGUCUGUUGUACAGUGAAGCUGACAGAUGUCCUAUAUGUCUUAAUUGCCUAUUAGAGAAAGAAGUUGGUUUUCCAGAAAGCUGUAAUCAUGUCUUUUGCAUGACCUGUAUUCUUAAAUGGGCAGAGGUACUGGCUUCAUGUCCUGUUGAUCGAAAACCAUUUCAAGCAGUGUUUAAAUUGAGUGCAUUGGAAGGUUGUGUUAAGGUUCAAGUAAAAAGACAGUUGAGAGAAACUAAAGACAAGAAAAAUGAAAGCUCUUUUAAGAAACCGCUCUUCUAUCGUGAAAAUUCUAAAAGCUGUAUGAGGAGAAAAGUUAUAAAAGAAGAUCUGUUAUGUGCAAAACUUUAUGAUUUGAAGAUGACACACAGAAACCCUACACACAGUGAAAUGGAAGGAAAGAAAAAUGCAGCAAUAAAGAUAAAUAAGCCCCGAAGAUCAAAUCAGUGUACAAGUCAGUGCUUCAGAAAUUUUUUCUCCAAUAUGUUUUCUUCUAGUAAUCACAUUGGAGAAUCUUCUUUUACCUGUAGAACUUACUGUACAGAAUUUAUAGAGGUCAAUGAAAUGAAUACAUUGAUUAGGCAGAAGAGACAGGAAUUGGAAUUGUCAUGGUUUCCUGAUACAUCACCUGGGAUUGGAAGAAUUGGUUUUAGACCCUGGAAUAUUGAAACACAAGUGCUUCCUCUCAUCUCUUCUGUGUUGCCAAGAACUAUUUUUCCAACAAGUACCAUAUCUUUAGAAAAUUUUGGUACCUCUUGCAAGGGAUAUGCAUUAGCACAUACUCAAGAAGGAGAAGAGAAGAAGCAAACUUCUGGUACAUCAAACACCAGAGGAUCAAGACGAAAACCUGCAGCAACAACUCCUACAAGGAGAUCUACACGUAAUACAAGAGCUGAAACAGUCAGUCAAUCCCAGAAAUCCCCAGUAUCAAAUAAUUCUGGGUGUGAUGCCCCAGAUAACAACAAUCCAUCUGUAAGUGUGUCCUCUUCAGCCAUGUCAGAAAAGCAAACAAGACAGGCUCCAAAACGGAAGUCUGUAAGAAGAGGAAGAAAACAACCUUUAUUGAAAAAGAAACUUCGGAGCUCUAUACCUCUCCCUGAAAAAUCAUCUUCCAGUGAUUCAGUAGAUGAAGAAACAGCAGAAUCUGACACACCACCUGUGUUAGAGAAAGAGCACCAAUCAGAUGCAGAAAGUAGUAACAGUUGUACUGUGCCAGCAAGUGUCGAAAAUGAAUCUGCUAAUGGCUUGAGAAGUUGUAAUGAACAGGUAGAAGAAAGUGAGGAACAUACUGAGAACCAUGAUACAGAGGAAGCAGUGGAAUCUUCAUAUUCUGAGUCUCAUACCGAAGAUACUUCUGUACUAGUUGGAGAGGAAGAGGAUAUUCAAAAAGUCGAAAAUACAAGUGUAGAGGCUAAUGUUUUGUGUUUAGAAAGUGAGACUCCUAAAAAUAUUUCUGGAAAAGGAGGUGAUCCAUUGGAAAAUCAAGACCAAACAUCUGGACCUUCAGAAUCAGAGGUAAAAGCAGACAAAUGUACAGAUUAUCCUUCAAAUGAUCUUCCUACAUGUUCAGGAUCUGAAGUUGAAGUAUACCAACCUGUACCAAGCUUAGAUGAGUUACCAGAGAAUUCAGAGUCAGUGGUUAAUGAAGAAAAAGUUAUGGAAAGUCCUAUAGCAGAAAUUGUUGAUCAUAAACAUUCAACAGUAAAAACAGAACAGCUUGUAGAUGGCCCCAAAUUAGAAUCUUCUGAGGGAAGAAUUAUACAAACAGUGAGCAAAAAAUCCAUAGAGGGCUCAGAGGCUCAGUUGCUUGAGCAUGUUGAAACUGAAGAUGUAGAAAUAAUUGCAACAUGUGAUACUUCAGAGAAAGAAAGUUUGAAUAGUAUUCAAGACUCUGAAAAUAAUUUAUUAAAAAAUAAUCUUAACACCAAAUUAGACAAAUCUUUAGAAGAAAAGACUGAAUCUCCUGUUGAACAUUCCAGAUCUACAGAAUUGCCUAACACACACAUUGAACAAAUUCAGAAGCAUUUUAAUGAGGACAACAAUGAAAUGAUACCUAUGGAAUGUGAUUCAUUUUGCAGUGACCAGAAUGAAUCUGAAAUUGAACCUCCUGUAAAUGCUGAUACCACACAAUUGAAUGAAAAUUCUGUGGAGCACAGUUCUCAAAAUAAUAUGCCAUCUUCUGAUCCUGCAAAUGGAAAGGCUGAAACUGUAUCUCGGCCAUCUGAAAGCCCAGUAGAUGUGAUGGAGAAAGCCAAAAAGCCUCGUACCCGAAGAUCUAGAUUUCACUCCCCAUCUACAACUUGGUCUCCCAACAGAGACACUGCACGAGAAAAGAAGCGAUCUCAGUCUCCAUCUCCCAAAAGAGAAACUGGAAAAGAAAGCAGAAAGUCUCGAUCACCAUCUCCCAAGAAAGAAUCUGCAAGAGGACGUAGAAAAUCUCGUUCUCAGUCCCCAAAGCAGGAUAUUGGAAAAGAAAGGAGACGAUCUCAGUCUCGAUCUCCAAAAAGAGAUAGCACGAAGGAAGGCAAAAGAUCUGCAUCACUCUCCCCCAAAAGAGACACUUCGAGAGAAAACAGAAGAUCUCAGUCAAGAGUGAAAGAUUCCUCCCCAAGAGAAAAAUCCAGGUCUCGGAGCAGAGAAAGAGAAAGUGAUAGAGAUGGGUCACGGAGAGAUCGAGAUCGAGAAAGAAGAACCAGGAGAUGGUCUAGGUCCAGAUCUCGUUCGAGGUCACCAUCAAGAUCUAGAACAAAAAUUAAGAGUUCAUCAUUCAGUAGAAAUGACAGAGACACUUACUCUCCUCGGUGGAAGGAAAGAUGGGCAAAUGAUGGUUGGAGAUGUCCACGAGGAAAUGAUCGGUACAGAAAGAAUGAUCCAGAGAAACAGAAUGAAAAUACAAGAAAAGAAAAAAAUGACAUCAGUCCAGAUGCUGAGGAUCCAAAUUCUGCUGACAAACAUAGAAAUGACUGUCCCAGUUGGGUAACGGAAAAAAUAAAUUCUGGGCCUGAUCCAAGGACCAGAAAUCCAGAAAAGUUAAAAGAUUCUCACUGGGAAGAAAACAGAAAUGAAAAUUCAGGGAAUUCUUGGAAUAAAAACUUUGGUUCAGGUUGGAUGUCUAACCGUGGUAGAGGUAACCGUGGCAGAGGCACUUACAGAGGUGGUUUUGCCUAUACAGAUCAGAAUGAAAAUCGGUGGCAAAACCGAAAACCCCUCUCAGGGAAUUCAAAUAGUUCAGGGAAUGAGUCUUUCAAGUUUGUGGAACAGCAACCCUAUAAACGGAAAAAUGAGCAAGAGUUCUCAUUUGAUACACCGGCAGAUAGAUCUGGGUGGACAUCUGCAUCUAGUUGGGCUGUGAGAAAGACUCUACCAGCAGAUGUACAAAACUAUUACUCAAGACGAGGGAGGAAUUCCUCAGGUCCACAAUCUGGAUGGAUGAGACAAGAAGAAGAAGCAACUGAACAAGAUUCUAACCUAAAAGACCAAACAAACCAACAUGGAGAUGGUUCCCAGCUACCUAUAAAUAUGAUGCAACCACAAAUGAAUGUAAUGCAGCAACAAAUGACUGCACAGCAGCCGCCUAUGAAUAUCUUCCCAUAUCCAGUGGGUGUUCACGCUCCUUUGAUGAACAUCCAGCGCAAUCCAUUUAACAUUCAUCCUCCGCUACCCUUGCAUCUGCACACAGGUGUGCCUCUCAUGCAGGUAGCUGCUCCUACAAGUGUAUCUCAGGGACUGCCACCGCCACCACCCCCUCCCCCACCAUCCCAGCAAGUCAGCUACAUUGCUUCACAGCCAGAUGGAAAGCAAUUGCAGGGCGUUCCUAGUGCUUCUCAUGUAAGUAAUAACAUGAGUACACCAGUCUUGCCUGCUCCGACCGCAGCCCCAGGAAAUUUGGGAACAGUUCAGGGACCAAGUUCUGGUAAUACUUCAUCAUCAAGUCACAGCAAAGCCUCUAAUGCUGCUGUAAAAUUGACAGAAAGCAAAGUAAGUGUUACAGUGGAAGCCAGCGCAGAUAGCUCGAAGACAGACAAGAAAUUACAAAUCCAAGAAAAAGCAGCACAGGAGGUAAAAUUGGCCAUUAAGCCAUUUUACCAAAAUAAAGAUAUCACCAAGGAAGAAUAUAAAGAGAUUGUACGGAAAGCAGUAGAUAAAGUUUGUCAUAGUAAAAGUGGAGAAGUAAAUUCUACUAAGGUGGCAAAUCUGGUUAAAGCCUAUGUAGACAAAUACAAAUAUUCACGGAAGGGAAGCCAAAAGAAAACCCUGGAAGAACCUGUGUCCACCGAAAAAAACAUAGGUUGAAAUGGGGAGCACUGUAAAGGACACUAUCAAGAUAUCUGCAAAGUGCAAUUUCAACUUGUACCUUUAACUGAAAAUCAUACAUAACUGUGAUUGAAAUUUGGUUUUGAUAAAAUUAUUUUUUUUAAUGUAGAAUAUAAAGUUUUGUUCUAAAUAAAUAUAGUUCUGCACUGCAACUUCUUUAUCCUUUCCUCCUCCCGAAAAUGAAAGCAAUUCAAGGGAAAGUAAAGGGGUUAAAGGAGUGUGCAUUUUUACUAGGACUCUUAUAGUGUGGAUACUGGAAGAUGUACAGCUUUUUGAUUUGAACAAUGGAGUGCAUAAAUUAGAGUCUUCUAAGUGCACUGGUUUUGGAAAAGAUAUAUAUAAUACAUUUAUUCUGUCAGGCUAAAAAUAAAGUAUGAAUGAUCUUUAUGAUUUUUCCCUUUAUAGAAAGUUAAAUAAUGUAUUACCAUGAAGAAUAUUUCUAAUAACAGAAUAUACCAGUUGCAGGGUUCCUAAUGUGUAUUUUUAAAACACACGUCUGAAUAAAUUGCUUAGAUAGAAAACAGAUUAUCACCUGAGUAAAAUUCAGUGUUCAAAACUUUGGAACACUGUUACUGAAUCACCAAAUAAAGGUUAUGCUGCUUGUUUUUCUUUUGUGCCUUUUUUCCCCACCAAUUGAAAUGAAGCAGUUUGAUUUGCUAGAUUUACAAUUUUGGAAGUCUAAAACUCUUUGUGGAAUUUAGAAGAACAGUUUGGAAAAAGUGUUGACUUUAUAAAAAUUAUGUACUUUCAUGAUAUCUUCUACCUGUCAGAGAAAUGAUAAAUUAUCUGUGCCAACUGGAGAAUUGCAGUUGAGUGGUGACCCUGCCUUCCUUGGGAUGAAGGUAGAAUUAUGAGACGCACUUCAGUGGCUUUCAUUGGCUCAUCUAUCUAAUCACUAAUGAAUUUCUUUUUACACUUGAGAAGUAUCCAAAUGCUUUACAGUGAGUAAAGUGUUAAUUAGGUGACCAUAUGGUGGCCAUUAACCAUGUUGCAAAAUUCUAGACAUUAAAACCUUGGUUUUGGAAAGGGAGAGGACUUAAUGGAGUCUUGGUUAGGCUUUCAGGGACUAGGGAUUUGAUUGUCUUUUUUUUAAAUACUAGAAUAUGUUAAUUUUUACAAAAGGUAAGUUCAGAAGGUUAUAGAGCCACUAUUUUAAUUGGCAUCUUAGAAGAAAAAAAUGGGUUAUCCAUGAUAAACUUUCAUUGCAGUAAUAAUUUUCAAUAGAUACCAAAUAACAAAAGCUAUUCAGAUAAGAUGUUAAUGGCUCAGAAAGAUAUAUGCAUCAGUGAGACAGACUGACCCUUGUAUUAGCUAAACUAGAGAGAGCAAUACUCUGUAGGACUGUGCUUUUCUGAAGUAAAGAUGAUCUGUUUGUCAAGUUUAUGUGCAUAAUACUUUCUUGGUGCUAGCUUUGAUAAGGCAAAUAUUUUGAACUGUUGGCCCCAAUAAUGAUUGUGCUAGUUCAUAAUCUUUACUAGAUUAAGAGUGUAAUUCCAAAAAGUGUUAGAAAUAUUUCCAAGGAGUCUUGAUCUUUAUUCUGCAUUUCUGGGCAUUUGUAAUAUGGUAUUCUACUGAUUUAUAUAUAUAUUUUUAAUUAAAGUUUGUGUUUAGAUAUGAAGGGGAAAGAAGUUUAGAAGUAUAUUUCUUCUAAUAAAAUAUUAAGACUGUUUUAAAUAUCAACACACACCUCCUCAUUUGUUUGUUUUGAACUCUAGAAACAAUUGUGUGAAUUUGCAAUCUGUUUUCAGUUAAAGCUGGUUCACACUGAAAAUUUUGUAGCAAAUUGCCUAAGAUGAUUAAUCACACAGUGCAUACUUUUCCUACAUUUUCUUUCAGUGAUGUUUGGGAAUACAGUUAUAUUUUAAAAUUUGCUUUAUACCAUUUAAAAGUUUUGAAGAAAAACUAGGUGGUAUGAUGGUCAAGUCUCACAUCUUUGGUUGCAGUGCCAUGAAUUAUUUCCACCUGUCUUGAAAAUAACAAGUGUGUAUUCCAUAUCUGCUUGGGGUACUUGGUUAGACUGCAUUUAAAAUGCUAAUGAAGAAUGUUACUGGAUUAGAAUUCAAACUUUUAAAACUUAGAAAUACUUAAGAAUGUAUUAGAAAGUGCAUGCUUUAUGUUAAAAAAAAUGCUUUAACAUUCCCCAUUCUUGCUUUUCUCAGAAAUCUACAUUAAUUUUGCAUGUGCACAAACUGAAUCAAAAACAUUUUGUGGAAUUAUAAAUUUCUUGUUAUUUAUUAAGAUUCAGUAUUAACUUGACCUUUGAAACCUUGGUCCCAUUAACUUACUAGUCACAUUGACCAAUGUUUUAGGCUAUAGUGAUGCCUAGAAUUUUGACUAAAAGUAGUUACUUACUAUUUUAACAUUCCAAAAGUUUUGUGAUUUCUUUUUUUCCUGGUUACCACAUUUUCUCCAUGAUCUUCCAUUAAAUGGCCACAGUGUGUACUGUUUGAACGUUCCAUCCAAAAGAUACAGCUUCAGAAGCACAGUGGUUGCCCCAUGGUCCAUGAGACCUUGUUUGUAGUACAAGGAUGGAGUUCUGUCUACUGAAACAAUACUCUUAAAACAGAAAUGUAGUAUGUAAUAUUUUCUAAUAAAUUCUUUUGAUAAACAAAGAAGUGUCUUUAACAUUUUAUUGUUCUGAUUCCUGGGAAAUGCUGACUUUUGCCUCAUUAUAACUGUUUCCAAAGACAUGUUGAAGUAUUUCUCAGAUUUGUACACAUAACUAGCUAGCAUCAUAAAUUAAUGUCCAAGUUGUAAAGCAAGCUUAGAGUUAGCUAUCAGCAUAUAUUUUAAUAGCAUUUUUUCCUAAUUACAAAAUCAUUGUAGGAAAUUAGAAAAGCUUUAUUUAAAAAAACUUGUAGAAGAAACGGAAAAAUGAGAAAAAUCACCUGUAAUCCUGCCAUUUAAAGGUAACAAUGCCAAUCAAACUGCCCAGAACUGUUGUAACUUACCCAUUUCACUUAAUGAUGUAUUCAGAAGUUUACAUUUUAAUAAAAAUUCUACAGCAUGA